AUCUGUACCGCCGCCGCCGCCUCAUCACCGGUGCCCGGCUGGUUCGCGUUGCGCCCGCAUCAGCCGGGCCGCGGGCCGCCGGAGGCGCGGAGCCCCCUCGUCGCUCGCGAAGUCACCCCUCGCCAGCUCACCCGUCGUCUCCUCGUCGGCAGCUCUUAGAUUGGUUCCUCUUCGGUCCGUCGUCGCGUGCGUGCCGUCGGCCAGCCCGUACAGUGUGCAGGACCAAUCGUACAGAAGGUGCGGACGCAGUUUUUUUCCAGAACAAGUUAGGGGUGUUUCAUCUUAUUUGGGAAGCCCCCGUGAAGAGCGCGCGGUUGAGGGAGGGGCUUGUCUUGCUGUAGAGAUGGUGAAGGCGGCAGCGAGGGUUCACUAUGAGCCUGGACCAGCUUUUGAGGAGGUCAAAGAAGAACCCAUGCUUGUCAUAUCGCCAACAGACUCGACAGAGUUUUGGCUAAUACAGUGGCCUAAAGAUCAGUUAGAUGUUUCUGAUUUCCAUGGUAAAGAGCUUUCUCUUCAGCUGCACAAGGAUGGAAACUUGGGCAAUUUGGAGAGUUCCUCAGGGAAAUCUUAUGAGCUUGUCAGCUAUGAAGCCCAGCAGCCAGAUGUAAUGGUCUUUCAACCGUCAGGAUCAGAAAUAAAACCUGUGGGGAAGAUAUCACGGCGAGUUUGCUUAGUUCGUUAUCCUGAACCUGAGGAAAUAGUUAAACCAAAGUUUGGGGGUCUUACUCCUAGCAGUAAGAUAUCUGCAGGUUCCUCUAGGAAGACUAAGUCUCAGUUCACUAGUGCAUCAAAGAACCGGAGCAGCCAAGGCUCAGCCCGUUCACUGGGCCAAUGGAGCGCAGAGCCGACUCCCAAACACAAGCAGAAGAGAAAGGAUGAAAGCAGCCUGGGGCACUCAAACAUGCCAGGCAAGGCCUCCCAAGGAUCUCAGGCACGUGGCAUGCAGAGCAACACGACUUCGGAGGUGCCACAAUCGUCAUCGGAGAAAUCAAAGAAGAAAAAGAAGGUUAAGAUCGUGGAGUAGUGGUGUCGCCUUGGCAAGGAGAUCAAUUUCCCCUGAACUAUCAGCUGCUGCGGAGUUGUGCCAGAAAUAUGGGGUUUGUAGUUCCUUCGUGCUUCCCUGGAUCUCAAUUUUGUUGAUGCAGAACAUAUUUCUCGAGUGGUAGGUGGUGUUUGCGGGAUGAUACUUGGGAGUUAGGAGAGCCCGUUGUAUGGUGCGGGAACUGGAAUACCGCUGUGUACCGUUCUGUCUGAUUUCUGAAAGCCUAUUUUCCAACUUGAAAGCCAUUCUAUUGCUAACUAUGUCAAUCAUGGAGUCCUUUGAUC